UCCAAGUUCCUAGGAGGGAGGUUACUUGUACUUAAUACUUGUAGCUUCCUUGUUCUCGUUUCCCUGGGCAGUACCUAACUGGUCGUAAUCAAUUACCUACCUAGGUACCUGGGUACAUCUCCCGGAAUGCAACCUACGCGUAUAAGUAAGGUAUAAUCAUAAUCAGCCUUGUUGAGUUUACAACAACAAUUUCAGAUUUUAUCAUCACCAUUUAACUACUUGGUGGUUUAAACCGUACCUCGUCAAAGACAACUAAACUCACCAAUUAAAUCAAGACGGUUUACACCGCAUAAACGCGUUUGCAUGCUCGGCCUACGACCGACGCUGCGGGCCCGGCCUUCUUUAGUGGAGCUGAUCGAGCGGCGGGGAAACCACGGCCAAAGUACAAGUCCGAGUUCAAGUCGACCAGUCACGCCUACCUUGAGCCCUGCGCAAUUUGCGUCACCUGGCAGCUCUAAUAACCCCGACAGAGCCGCUAGACACGCUAAAGCCACAGCACUAUUAGCUGAAGCUUCUAAUCAACCACUACCUCCCAGCCCGCGGCUAUCACCAGCUGAUACCGCUAAUACUAGCACUAACACUAUAGCCACCACUACUGCCACUAAUACUACUACUGCUACCACACCUAACACCAUCCCAACUACUACUACAACAUUCACCACAUCGACGCCGGUCUCGUCACCUUUAGCUUCACCCUUAAUAGCUCCAACAAUAUCUAUCUCACCUGUCUCUCCAGCUGCAGAGCCGCUUCCCAAACCCACAGAGACUUCCAAGAUGGCUCCGUCAGAGAAAGCCACAAAUGGCGAAGAAACGCUCAACAGUGGCAAGAUCUACUCCGUCUCUGGACCCGUCAUCGUGGCCGAGGACAUGAUCGGAGUUGCCAUGUACGAGCUUGUAAGAGUAGGCCACGAUAACUUAGUCGGUGAAGUCAUUCGAAUUAGCGGCGACCAAGCUACCAUCCAAGUCUACGAAGAGACCGCUGGUAUAACCGUGGGUGAUCCCGUUCACCGUACUGGUACACCUCUCUCCGUCGAACUCGGCCCCGGCUUAUUACACAACAUCUACGAUGGAAUUCAACGACCCCUCGAGAAAAUCUCCCAGCAGUCUAACAGUAUCUACAUCCCCCGUGGUAUCGCAGCCCCCGCUCUCGACCGAACCAAGAAGUGGGAGUUCACACCUACCAUGAAGGUUGGCGAUCACAUUUCUGGUGGUGACGUAUGGGGAACCGUCUUCGAGAACUCCUUCAUUAAGGUACACAAGAUUCUUCUGCCGCCGCGAGCAAGGGGAACCAUCACCAGAAUUGCAGAAAAGGGCGAGUACACAGUCGACGAGAAGAUUCUUGAGCUCGAUUUCAACGGUACCAAGACCGAGUACGGAAUGAUGCACACCUGGCCCGUCCGUGUUGCGCGACCCUCGACCGAGAAGCUCUCGGCCGACAAGCCCUUCGUUGUCGGCCAGCGAGUUCUGGACGCCCUUUUCCCCAGUGUACAAGGUGGUACUGUGGCUAUUCCCGGUGCUUUCGGCUGUGGCAAGACUGUCAUUUCGCAGUCCGUCUCCAAGUUCUCCAACAGCGACGUCAUCGUCUACGUUGGUUGUGGCGAGCGCGGUAACGAGAUGGCUGAAGUCUUGAAGGAUUUCCCCGAGCUAUCCAUCGAGGUUGAGGGCCGCAAGGAGCCCAUCAUGAAGCGAACUACCCUAAUCGCCAACACUUCCAAUAUGCCCGUCGCCGCCCGAGAAGCCUCUAUCUAUACGGGUAUCACUGUCGCCGAGUACUUCCGUGACCAAGGCAUGAACGUCGCUAUGAUGGCUGACUCGACAUCCCGAUGGGCAGAAGCCCUGCGUGAAAUUUCCGGUCGUCUUGGUGAAAUGCCUGCUGACCAAGGUUUCCCUGCUUACCUUUCUGCUAAGCUGGCCAGUUUCUACGAACGUGCAGGAAGGACAAACUGCCUAGGUUCACCCGAGCGUGAAGGCAGUGUCAGCAUCGUCGGUGCUGUCAGCCCUCCCGGUGGUGAUUUCUCCGAUCCUGUCACUAGUUCGACCCUGAGUAUCGUCCAAGUCUUCUGGGGUCUCGACAAGAGACUCGCGCAGCGGAAGCAUUUCCCGUCUAUUAACACAUCCUUGUCAUACAGCAAGUACACAAACACACUGGAUAAGUGGUAUGAGAAAGAUUACCCCGACUUCCCGCGUUUGCGCGACCGCAUCAAGCAGCUGCUAUCUGAUUCGGAAGAACUAGAUCAGGUGGUACAGCUAGUCGGUAAAUCAGCGCUGUCGGAUCCGGACAAGAUCACUCUGGACAUUGCGACGUUAUUGAAGGAAGACUUCCUGCAGCAGAACGGUUACUCGGACUACGACCAGUUCUGCCCCAUCUGGAAGACAGAAUGGAUGAUGAAGCUCAUGGUCGGCUUCCACGACGAGGCGCAGAAGGCUGUUGCGCAGGGUCUGAGCUGGGCUAAGGUCCGCGAGGCCACGAGUGACCUCCAGGCGAAAUUGCGAAGCCUUAAGUUCGAGAUCCCAAACGAGGGAGCAGAGGUUGUUGGUAAGAAGUACGAGGCCAUCCAGCAGAACAUGUUGGACAAGUUCGCCGCCGUUAUGGACGAGUAAAGCGCAAAAAGAGACGUAGAGGUAUUUAAAUGUCCGAAGUUUUAUGCAAAGUACUUUUCUUCUUAAGGCGCGAUCGGAUAUAGUAGCAGUAGUUGUUGUUGUAGUAGUGUGUACAUAGAGAGAACAAAAGCCCAAGUUCGGUCGAUGGCGAUGAGGAAUGAGUAUAAGCUCCUUCUAUCUAUCGACUAGCAGGUAACUGAGCAAGCUAAACAAUUAAGCAGUGCUAGGGUACUGUUAUCAAUUUUACAAUUCAAUUGGUACUUUUCUGCUUGACUGGUUGGGUGUGGUUGUGGUUGUUGUCCGAGUUUUUGGACAAGUAUUAACGGAGGUCCUAUACCUAAUAUACGCAAGACACACACAGUGAGAGAAUUGGUCGGAGUUGAGAGUAUAUGUACACGAUAAGAAGUGAGUAAAACAUCUUCAUUAAACAGGUAGUUAUAGCUUAGGUAGGGGAGAUACGAAUAUGCAUCUCAUACCGAACGCACCAGGAACAAAACAAU